CCGGGGCCGCUGUCGGCGGCCACGUGGGCGGCCCGCGCCGCGGCCGCCAACCCCCGCCGGCCUGCGGGCUCGGCGCCCGCGGGGCUUUCGGGGGUCGGGGCGUGCGCGGGGCCCCGAGGGGGCUGCGGGGCCUGCGGGGCCCGGAGGGGGCUUCGGGGCCUGCGGGGGCCGGGCCCAGGGUCUGCGGAGCGCCCCGCGUGACCUUGGGGUGGGCCGGGGAGCGGCCAUCGCCGAGCGGAGCGGCCCCGCAGCCGGGCCGGCGGCCGGCGGACAGUCACGAGGACCACGACACCUCCACGGAGAAUGCGGACGAGUCCAACCACGACCCCCAGUUUGAGCCAAUAGUCUCUCUUCCCGAGCAAGAAAUCAAGACGCUGGAGGAAGAUGAGGAGGAACUUUUUAAAAUGCGGGCCAAGCUCUUCCGAUUCGCCUCGGAGAACGACCUCCCGGAGUGGAAGGAGCGCGGCACGGGCGACGUGAAGCUCCUGAAGCACAGGGAGAAGGGGACCAUCCGCCUGCUCAUGAGGAGAGACAAGACCCUGAAGAUCUGCGCCAACCACUACAUCACGCCAAUGAUGGAGUUGAAGCCGAACGCAGGCAGUGACCGUGCCUGGGUCUGGAACACCCACGCCGAUUUCGCCGACGAGUGCCCGAAGCCGGAGCUGCUGGCCAUCCGUUUCCUCAACGCUGAGAAUGCACAGAAAUUCAAAACAAAGUUUGAAGAAUGCAGGAAAGAGAUCGAGGAGCGAGAAAAGAAAGGAACCGGCACAAACGACAGCGCCGAGAAGGUGGCCGAGAAGCUCCAGUCUCUGUCCGUGCAGGGGGCGAGCGAGGAGCCCGCGGAGCCGGAGCAGGAGCAGGCCCCGGAGGCCGCCGGGGAGCAGCACUGAGCGCCUCGCCCUCCCGCCCCUCCCGUCCCUUCUGCCUCUUUCAGUUUUUUUAAAGCCCUGCCCCUCUUUUACGGUUUGUUUUACUUCUGUUUUGUUUUUGCAAGGGACUUUAUAUAAAGAACUGAAUUCAACAUUCAGGUGGUUUUAUUUUUUCAGUUUUUGGCCCUCUCGAAGCCAACUUGAGCAGUCCAUUCCCCAGUCAUGAACAUGUACUGUGCUGAUAACUUCCUUUUCCAUAGUGGAAACACUUAUUUAUAGGCAUCAGAAAUAGUGAAUAAAAGACACAUUUGAAACCUGGA